AUGAUGUCAAUGGCCUCCUCGAGCCUCACCCGCCUCCUGGUGGCCGUGGUCUCGCUGUUCACGUCGUCCGCCCUCCUCUGCGCCGACGCGUCGGUGCACGACUACGCCGGCGAACGGUUCGCGGCCGACGGCAACGCCUUCGUCCUCCACGGCGGCAGCGAGGGCGUCUACGCCUCCGCUAAGGCCGCCGCGUUCAUCCGCUUCGAGAAGGUUGCGUUCAGAAGGACGCCCGAGUCAGCCGCUGCGGCCGAGGAGGACGGCAACCGCACGGCCACGGUCACGGCGGUCAUCUUCGAGGCCGGCGACCGCGACGCCGUCGGGGGCGCGGACGUCUCCGUCUCCGGCGGUCGCGUGCUCUGCUGCACGCCGGACAUGGCGAGGCUCGGGGCGUGCACCGAGGGGACGGCGACGUACCGCGCGCGGAACGGCAUCGGCUGGCCCAGGGUGUUCGCGGCCUCCUUCCUCCCGGGCAGCCUCGAGGCGGCGUUCCCGGACGAGACCGUCGCCAUGGCGCGCACCGGCAUGUACACCCUCCUGUUCGUCCACUGCGACGCCUCGCUCGCCGGCGGGCAGGUGGCCGCGCGGGGCAAGACCAUCUGGAGGAACAGCCGCGGAUACCUCCCGGGGCGGAUGGCGCCGCUGCUGCCCUUCUACGGCGCCACGUCGCUGGCGUUCGCGGCGCUGGCGGCGUACUGGUUCGCGCAGUGCGCGCGGUUCUGGCGGGAGGUGGUGCCGCUCCAGAGCUGCGCCACGCUGGUGAUCGCGCUGGGGAUGCUGGAGGCCGCCACCUGGUACUUUGACCUCGCCGAGUUCAACGAGUCCGGCGUCCGCCCCCGCGGUGCCACGUUCUGGGCGGCCACGUCCGGCGCGCUCCGCGGCGCGGCGGCGCGCGUGCUGGUGCUGGCCGUGGCCAUGGGCCACGGCGUGGUGCGGCCCGCGCUGGCGGGGCUCAAGAGCGCCAAGGUGGCUGGCCUCGGCGCCGCGUUCUUCGCCGCCGCGGAGGCGCUCGAGGUCAGCGAGAACGUCGGCACCGUGAGCGACCACUCGCCGUCGCCCACGAGGAGGCUGUUCCUCGUGCUCCCUGUGGCGGCCCUCAACGCGGUGUUCGUGUACUGGAUAUUCAGCUCGCUGUCGAAAACGCUGAACAAGCUCAAGGCAAAACGAAUGACGGCGAAGCUGGAGAUGUACCAGAGGUUGAACAACGCUUUGAUCAUCGCGGUGGCCGUGUCACUCGGCUGGAUCACAUUUGAGAUCCACUUCAAGUCGACGGACGAGUACAACGAGCGGUGGCGCGCGGCGUGGGUGAUCCCGGCAGUGUGGCAACUCAUCUCCUUCUCGCUGCUGUGCGCCGUCUGCCUCAUGUGGGCGCCCUCGCAGAGCUCGACGAGGUACGCCUACCUGGAAGACGAGGAGGGCGGCGAGGACGAGGACCGUGACGUGGAGGACACGCGGCCGCUGAUCCGGCCCGGCCCGCUGUCGUACGUGGAUAACUGGGCCAUCUCCGUGUCCAAGGACGCCACCACCAUCAUUCUGAGAACCGACUCCGGCGUGUACGCGAAAGCCGCCGGCGAUGGAGGCAAGCGGGUGUAG